ACGUUUGCUCGAAGGCAGCGCGCUUUUCCUCGCGUCUCCUCUGCACAGCUCCAGACACAAUGAGCGCUCCGAAAACUUCCAAGUUUAAGAAAAUUUUCCUGCACUCCAAGUCCAGGUCCCAGGACAAGGAGGACGUGGAGAAAAGAGAGAAUUCCCCGAGUGAACACGCAGAACCUUCAUCACCCACGAGCCCGAGGGAGAAGAAGGAGAAAAGGAAGCGGUUCGGUUCGUGGCGAUCCAAAAAGAAACCCAACUUUGAGUCCUUCAGCAGCAGCAACAACAACGGCGAGCAGCUGGACUUCACGACCAGGCAAAUGAGCUUCGAUCAGAUGAGUGUCCAGACGGAGGACUUCACCAUGAGCGACGCCUGGUCCAUCACGCAGUCAGAGUGCACGUCUGUCAUCAGCCUGAACCUGUCUCCCUCUGAGCCUAUCUCACCCACACGACGUCACAAGAAGAAUUCUGAGGAAAAAGGUGUCGGUGUGCUGAACCGGGUUGCCAGUUUCAUCCUGAGGAGGCGGCGGAGCAGGUCGUCGUCAGAUGGGACGGAGGAAAACGUGUCGCCUCUUUCGAGCCCCAGCAGUUCUACAGGAUUGAGGCAGGCAUCCACGGAGGGCGAAGAGGUCGAGCAGGGUUUCUUCACCGAUAAAAGGAGCCCGAGUGUACAGAGCGUGGCCUCCAUCGUCGCAGACGGAGGCGACCUUCCGUUUGCGGAUAGCGACAGCAGCGGCAGUGUGAGGAACUUAGCAGUGACGACGAAGAGCAAAGAAGAAAAGGGGACGGAGCUGCUGGUGGCAGAGGCCAGCAGGAAACUCCGGGUGUUUCUGGAGGAGAUCAGUGUCACAGACGAAGGACCGGAGAAACAAAAGAAGACGGUUAAGCAAUGCACAGAAAUUACGAUAAAGGACAACUCCGAACCUAAAUCACCAGACGUUAAAAAGACAGUUUUGAAACCGGUCGUGGGAGGAACAGGGAAUUACAGCGCUCUCACUGGGGUGACGCUGAGCUCUCAGUGCAGGAUCGAGUCCAGUUCUUCAGAUCCAGGCGGCACCGAAGACAUGGGGAAGAAAACGUCGGGCCGGAGAAGAUCACGCAAGCUGAGCAGUGGCUCUCAGGACCUAGCAAGCCCUCCAAAGCCCUUGUCCCCUGAGGCGGAGAACGAGGCCGCUGUAGCCUCACCCUCACCUCUGCAGAUACACAAAGCCAUGUGGGUGGAAACGCACCUAGAGGAGGAAGGGAGUGAGAGCAGUUCUCUCGGUCAGGUCACGCCCGUUCAACAAAGCCCCGUGCUGGGUCUCAGAGCUGCACUCGUCGUUCAAGAAGCACAGGAUUCGGGGUCGGAUUCGUCCGUCUAUCAGGACGCCGUGGAGGUAAAGACAGACGAGGAACCAUUAACAAAGGCUGAGAAACGGAGGAGCGUCAAACUUUCCACCAGUGAGAAGUUCUUUGCCAAGAGAGUGUGGCUAAACUCACAGUCAAGCUUGGAGGGAGAACAAGACGACACGAGCAAAAACGCAGAUGAAAAUAAUCAAAGCAAGCAGAAAUCCGAAGUCAGAAUUCUGCCAAGCAUCAAGAACAUCAGUGUGGAAAUUAAAAAGCCUGACCAGCAGUCAUAUGCUUCUAUAAGUGAAAGAGAUGAUGUAUUCGUAAAAGAGGAAGCUAACACGAAACAGGAGCUUAAUGAUGUAGAGAGCUCCUUAGAGCUUCCUGCUAACAUCUCAGAUCCUAAAGAGGACUUCCCAGACAUGCCUGGAUACAAGGGACAGAUCAGAGAUACGGGUUCAGGGGAUAGCAAUCGGCAGACCUCGGCCGCGACGUCCACACACGUGGACAAAGCAAUCAGCAGAACAAAUGCAGUGGCUGCUGGAAAAGGCCCAGCUCCGUUAGCGGCACCGAAGACAAAAGCAGGUGCGGGUCGAGUUACAAGCCACGCAGAGGCCAAGAAAGCGGAGACCCCAAAAAAGCCUGCACAAAAUGGGACUGAGAAAAAGCAAAGUAAAUCUCCGACAACAAAAGACCUGCCUAAUGUGUUCACUAAGCCUGCAGACAAGUCAAAAAUUCCAAAGAAAACAGCACCUGAAGUUCUGCCAAAACCAAGCAAGACACUAAACACAGGCAUGUCACCUGAUGCGUCAGUUUCCUCUCCAGCUAGGACAUGUGAGACUGCGCAGGCUGAGAGAAGUAAAUCCAGCUCAAGUAACAGUGCUACAAAACUCCAGUCACCAACAUCACCGCCUGGGAAAAGCGAGACCAGGUCACCCAUUAAAGAAGCAGCAGCUAUGGCAGAACCGAGUCAGGCACCUAAACCUUCUCAUCCCAAAGACCAGAAGAAAGGAAACGAUUCAAAAUACAUUGAGGAGAAAACAGAGCAGCCGUCAUUUCCUAGCGUUUUACAGGAAACUAAGGAAACAAGUGACGCUAAAGAAAGCGUGAAGUCAAAAACACAGCCACAAACUCCUACUGAAAAAACUCCCAAGAGUAAAUCAGUAAAACUGUCACUGAGUAAGAGCUCUAAAGUAAACAAAACUGAAACGGAUAACAAGCCUCAAACGCCUUCAGAGGCAGAGCAGCCAGAAAAGAGUAGCACAAAGGACAAGGCUACAAAUGAAAUUAGACUCAUCGGGCCGAAGAGUCCAAAAAAGCCCAAGGCUGAAGCAUCGCCAACAGGAAGCAAGCUGCCUCGCCUGACUCCGCCUAGCGCUCAUAAACGGCCCUCAGAGGACGAAUUUGAUUACGGGGAAGAUGACUCACUCAAGCAACCCUCGCUUUCUGAUGCCAGUCCAAUGAACGAUGAUUCAUCUUCAGUCAACGGUCGUCUCAGCCCUGGCAAAUCUGCUGAACGUGACCAAGCUGUUGGAAAUUCUGUGGUAAAGGUUUCAACAGAAACCAAAUCCUCUCCACAUCUGAAACAUACGGCUAAACUUAAAUCUAGAAACGAGGUGGAAAAAGUGAAAGCAGAACUCGCUGUAGACUCUCAGACUACUGAAGUGUCAGAGCAGAACAUGGACGACGCAGAAGAAAAACAGAGCACGAACGUGAAGACGACAGAGAAUAUUACUGUCCUGGAAAAGUCAGCUCGAGUGCCUGAAGAGAACACGGACAAGGCUAGUGAGGCUCAAAUCAAGGAGCAGAGCAUGAACCUGGAAACAGAGAUACAGGAUGUGAUUGUAAAGUUUACAGAGCCUACAGCACAUUUAGGACCUUCAUCUCGAGCUCUUGAAGAUGAUGAUGUAGCCAAAGAGGCCCAGGGUGUGACUGUGAAGACCACAGAACAUACUGUAGAUUUAAAAACUCCACCUGAAGCAUCUAAAAAGGAAAAGGACCUGGCAGGAUCAGACUCGAAAACGUCGUCUCGAGUGUCUAAGCAAAAAAUAGACAAGCCUGAAAGUUUGAAUGAUAAGAACAAGGAGAUUGAAGCAGAUUUAAAAUUAACUCAAGAGACCGAAGUGAAAAUGGUCCAGACUAAACCAGCGCCAGCUGCGGACGAUAAGAUCGAGGACCGUAAAGCAGACUUCAAAUUAACACCGAAGGCUGAACAGAAACCAGUAGAAGCUAAAAACAAGACAAAAGGAGAGUCUAAAGAUUUGAAAAAUUCACCUGAAAACUUUAAAAAGGAAACUCGAGCCCAAGAUGUUCAGAAUGCAGAAAACACAACAGUUAAACUUGUAAAGACUUCAUCUCAAGUGUCUGAAAGUAAAAAAGAAAAGGCUGACAAAGUGCAAAGCAUCGAUAAGACCAGGGAUCACAGUGCAGAUCAGGUGUCUGAAAAGAAAAGAGACAAAGCUAAAGAACUGCAUAAAGCACAUGUUGAGGCGAUGGAGAAUAAAGCAGACUUAAAAGCCCAACCUGAAGCAUCUAAAGAGAAGGCGAACAAGGCCGAAGAAGUGGUCCGUACUUCAGAUCUGACUCCAAGUCAAACAUCCAAUCAGGAAGUGGACAAACCUAACAAGUUGCAGGAGGUGAGCAUUAAAUCUGAUGAGCAAAAGGCAGGAAUAAAUAUUCCACAAGAAGUAUCUGAUCAGGUGAGUUCUGAAAAGAUUGUUGUUGAAACUAAACCAGACACGGAGCCAAAUGACCCUCAAGGUACAAAACCCCUGGAUAUUCGUACGUCUCAAGUAAAACCAGAGCAUGUUGUUAAAGAAACGCUUCCAGGCACAGAGCAAGUAACUCCUGAAGCCGUGGAAGAGACGUCAGUCAAAGCAACAGUCAGCAUCCAUGUAGAGAACAAAGACUUCAAGGCUGAAACCGUUCAGCAGACCAGUUCAGCACAAGACACACAGGAUACUUCAAAAUCCUCCACAAACACUGAGAGUGAAGAACAAAACAUGGCGACAAACGUUAUUUCAGUAAACGCUCUAUCUAAAACCACAGAAGAAGCAAGGCACAAGGAGGUUGAGGUUCCUGCAUCUACUCCAGACCUCAAAGAAGAACCAAAAGUCAUAAAGAUAACUGAUACAGAAGUGCCAGCGCUUAAAUCACCAGCCUCAGGGUUUGUCAAGGAAGACACUAAAAUGAAACCUGGUAGCAAGAAUGAAAAGUUACGUCCUGAUCAGAAACCUGUAGUUAAGACAUCUGAGCAUCCAAAAGGUACAGAGCAACUGACCUCCCACAUGGAGAAGACAACUAAGAUUCAAAAACCCACCACCAUCGACCAGAAACGUAAACCCGACCCCACACAAGCACAGAAUUUAUCCAGGUCUGAGGGACUUCCUCCAAGUAAUAAUCCUCCAAAAAUGACCACCCAGGACUUUCUACUGGUGUCCAGAAAACUUUCAGAAAGUGCAUCUCCAUCUAGCUGGCUAGAUGUGGACCAAGGUUUUGAGAAGAAGCAAAAUAAGAUGGAAAGGAAAAUGGACUGCUCAGCAAGUGAUGAUACCCUUCUGGACACCUCAGAAGAUUCUGAGGAUUUCAUACGUAAAAUCAAGGAACUCUGCUCUCCUUUCUCUUUUCCUCCUAAAAAGCAUGGCCAGUCUAGGGCGAUCUUGCCUCAGUUUGCCAUGCCUGCUAUUAAAGAAGAUCACUUUGAGAAAACCUUUGAUCCUGAGGAGUUCAAGUUUGGGAUUAGAAAAACUAAAGGCCCAAAAGAUCUAUCUCCAGCCAUGUUGAUCAAGAAGAAAAAUGAAGACUUGAGAAAUAAGCAGCUUUCGAAACGCAAAGGAACUGAAGAUAGUAUGAUUUUUAAAGCACUGGCUUCCAAACGGGGACAAGAAAAAAGUGGUGAGGAAAAGACCACAGCAAAUACAGAGAACGGGGAAGAUCAAGGUGCUGAAAGUUCUGGAAAGGUUCCUUCACGGUUAGAAAGAAUGUCCAUCCUAUCGAACCUCAUGAACACUUCUAAGAACAUGAGGAAACCUCAAACCCAGAAUGAAAGUUUUUCAAACAAGAUUACAUCUCCUACAGUAUCCCAACAGGUUCCAACACCAGGAGACACAAACAACACGAGUACAUCUGUAUCUGUAGUUGUGCCUCCAGGCCAGGCGGAAGGGAACUUGAAGGAACUUGAGUUACAACCUGAUGUUUCUGAAGACUCACCAAAGAGCCCACACACUCCGCCUCCCCUUCCUAACUUUUCAGAAAUCAAGCUUCCUGAUUUCCUGGGGAAGUACCUGAAGAUGGAUCAAGAACCUUCUGCUUUAGUUAACUCCCAAAAAGCAGAAACACCUUCCAAGAUCCCUGCAAUACAGCCGGAAGUCAGCUCUGGAUUCCCAGACACAAAUAAAGGUCUGAAGAAGAUUCCAGAGCCUUCAGAACCGAUCUUUCCACCCAAACCACCAAAACAACAAACCAAACUACCGCCGCCUACACACACUCAGAUAACGACAGUAAGAGGCUUUCACAAGCGGCCCGGAAAGCUGGUCAUCUUCCAGCAAGCCCAGUUUGGCGGUGAGGCAUACGAGGUGUUCAGGGACGUAGAUGACGCCACAUCUUUACUCCUGUCACCUGUCAUCUCUCUGAAAGCUGUCAGAGGCUGCUGGCUGCUUUAUGAGAAACCAGGAUUCCAAGGACGGACCAUCGCGCUAGAGGAAGGGCCGACGGAAUUGGUGAACGAGUGGGUGGAGCCAGAACCUGACCAGGAAGUUGGGCCGGACGGGAUUCCCAUUCCGACCAAACCGAUGGUGAUCGGUUCCAUUCGCCUGGCUGUGAGGGACUACAGCCUCCCCAAAAUCGAACUCUUCUCAGAACCGAACGGAUUGGGCCGCCUGUCCUCGUUCUGCGAUGACAUCAUCGAGCUCGGCUCGUUCGGACGUCCACACAGUGCCGGAUCCAUCAAGGUCCACUCCGGAGUUUGGCUAGUCUUCAGUGAUCCAGAUUUCCAGGGUCUGUUGUCGGUCCUGUCUGUGGGAGAGUAUCCGUGUCCGGAGUCCUGGGGUUUUCCUGAUCCCUUCGUCGGAUCUUUACGACCUCUCAAAAUGGGCGGCAUCAAAGUAGAAAAUCCUCACGAAGUCCGGGCCGUGUUGUAUGAGGAGCCCAUGUUCCAGGGCACCUCCAUGGAGAUAGACACAGAUGUAUGCGACGUCUCUGAGGAAGACGAGGAGAAGGAGGAGAACACUGAGGAAGGAGAGAACGCAGACCAGAAGAAGAAACUGACCACGAUCGGCUCUCUGAAGAUCCUCAGCGGCCUCUGGGUGGGCUACUCAGAGCCAGGGUUCGAGGGUCGUCAGUACGUGUUGGAGGAGGGUGAAUAUGUUGACUGCUCUGAUUGGGGAGGUUUUGAGGACACACUCUGCUCGCUCCACCCCAUACGCUCGGAUUUUGUGUCUCCUCAGCUGAAGCUGUUCACCGAGCCUGAUUUCAGUGAGAGGAGUCUGAGCGUCGACCUGCUCGUCCCUGUCAUGGCCAUGGAGGAGACGGCGUACGGCUGUAUGAGCCAGUCUGCUGAAGUCCUCUCUGGAGUAUGGGUGGUGUUUGAGAACCCUGCCUUCUCCGGUGAGGUGUACGUGCUGGAGAAAGGGCUCUACUCGAGUUCAGAGGAUUGGGGAGCUCGUAAUCACAAGGUCUCCUCCAUCCAACCUGUGUUUACGGAUCAGACUGCUGGAUUGCCGAGGUUUAAGGUGAAGCUGUUCUCUGAGCCUGGGUUUCUCGGGGAUGUUCUGGUCCUGGAGGAGAGUUCACCCUUCCUGCCGACCGGAUUCUGCCCUCGAUCGUGUAAAGUUCUCUCUGGAAGCUGGGUGGCAUUUGAGGGGCCUCAGUUCACAGAGAACAUGUACGUGCUGGAGGAAGGAGAUUACUGUAACACUGCUGCGAUGGGCGGAGUCUCCACUGACCGCACCAUCCAAUCACUGCACACCAUCGGUCAUGAGUUUUCACUUCCCUCCAUCACUCUGUUCUGUAAGCCGUCUUUCAGAGGACGGAAGGUUGUUUUGACAGACGGCUGCUGCAGCCUAUCACUGAGCGGGAUCGAUGGGUGGAGCCAGUCUCUGGUGGUGAACGGAGGAAUGUGGGUGUUAUAUGAAGGGAAGAACUUUCAUGGCCGUCAGCUCUUACUGCAGCCCAGUGAAAUCGGUGACUGGAGGAAGUUCAGCGGCUGGAAGCAGGUCGGAUCUCUGCGUCCGUUGAUACAGAGCCCAGUGUAUUUCCGGCUGCGCAGUGCUGAGACCGGUUGUGUGAUGUCUCUAUAUGGGUCUCUGGAUGACAUCAAGCUGCUGAGAGUUCAGGUGCUGGAGGAGAACGGAGGAGACGAGCAGGUGUGGCUUUACCAACACGGCCAGCUGUGCUGCAAGCUGUUGGAGGAGUGCUGUUUAGAGCCCUCAGCUGGGAUGAUGAUGCCCGGGUGUCGCCUCAACGUUUCCCCUGAACGCGGGCAGGACAAUCAGUUUUGGAACAUCACAGCCGACGGCCUCAUCCGCUCCAACAUCAAACCUGACCUGGUGCUGGAGGUCAAAGGUGGACAGCAGUAUGAUAAAACCCAGGUGAUCCUGAACUCCUUUGAUGAGCAGAAACCCAACCAGAGGUGGACGGUGGAGCUCCUGUAACAUCUGGAAAGGGCUGUGCAGUAACCAACACUUUCACUGUGGGCCCUGUGGUGCAGCUCCACGUCUAUAAGGACGGUCCUGAGUGUCAGGACGUGACCCAGAAAAAAUAAAAUGUUUUUUUUUGACGUGUCAUGCUGCAGGAUGACCACAGGUGGCGCUCAAACACCACAGCUCUGAGCAUCAUGGACUCUGUGAGUGUGUUAAAAUUAAAACGAGGUGUUGAGCUGAUACUGUAAACCACUCACCUUUAAAGUGCCUUGCUCUUCAGUCCUCUGCUCUUCUUGCACUUUCUCACUGUCUCAUUGUUGUACAUUUUCUUCUGAAAGCUGUAAAAAUUUCUUGUUUUUUUUUUUUAAGAAUAAAAUGUUUUAUUCAUGUCUCAAUUAA